UUGGUGUCCUUCGCCUCGCGCAGAAACAUUGUCUCGGGCGGUCCCUCCAUAAUCCGCAAGCCAGGCGCAUACAGAUCAAACCUCGAACUCACAAAUUCGCUGAGGAGCAACUUUCUUGCUGCUCAACAGGAUUAUUCGCCCUACGAAGAGGCUUCCCCAAUCGACGAUGACGACCACAACGGGACCCUGAACGGACACUCGAAUGGCUUCAACAAUGGCGAGAACGGUCGCUCUGGCCGACCCCGCCUUGACGUGUGGACCACCCGCGAGGAUGGCGCCCUCUACAUUCCCCGGAUAGACUGGUCCUACUCAGGUUUGCAGGAAGAGCCAACAAACUACGACAUCACCGUGAAGCUAUUCUUUCUCCCCAACGCCCCUGCCGAGGACCGCGAGCGCUACGUCCAAGAGGCCCUGGACCUCGUGCGUAAGGAACUCGGUGUCACCACGAUAGAUCUCCUCAUCGCCUCUUUCCCCGGUAUGUCCUUCGAGGGUGACUGCGAGUGGGAAGCCGACAAGCGCAACGCCAGCCAAGGCAACAUCGAUCAGGAGGCUGCCACAUGGACAGUUCUGGAGGACCUGUACCGUCGCGGCGAGGUCAAGGCCCUCGGUAUCUCCGAGUUCGGCACGGAGAAGCUGGCAAAGUUCAUUAAGAAGGUCAGCAUCCGUCCAGCGGUUGACCAGAUCAACAUCAAGGACUGCUGCAGCGUCCCGCCCACCCUCGUCAAGCUGGCCAAGGCAGAGGGUGUCGAGUUGCUCGUUCACACUGAUUGCACCGACAUCCUGCCUAGCGGCACCCUUCGCGAACUUCUUGGCCACGGACUGCAGGGCGCAGGUGUCCUGGCUGACCCCCUCGAAGGCGGAGAGGGUUUGUACGGAGACCUCGUCCCGGAGUGGGUGGUGAAGUACACAGCCUUUGUCAGAGACCGGGGAGUGAUUGAGAAUAAGGGCUACUUUGCUGGCGCAGAACUCGUAGAGAGUUCAUGA